AUGGGCCAUCUUGUCAAAGGGACCCACGAGCCGUGCUUCAGCGGCCUCCGCGACUUGCUGAGCAAACACAUCUCUGAGGGGGAUGAGGUCGGCGCCUCAAUCGUCGUCAAUAUAGAUGGCCAGAAUGUAGUCGACAUCUGGGGAGGUUACUUCGACGAAAGUGGCACCCGCAGCUUGGAGAGAGACACUAUCGUCAACGUCUUCUCUACCACCAAGACCAUCACCAGCCUUGCUGCACUCAUCCUCAUCGAUAGAGGUAUCAUCAGCCCCUACGAGAAAGUGGCCACCUAUUGGCCUGAGUUUGCUGCGAAUGGGAAGCAAGACAUUGAGAUUAGGCACAUCAUCUCUCACACGUCUGGUGUUCCAGGAUGGGAGCAGCCAGUCACGCUGGCUGACGUCUGCAACUUCGACAAGGCAGUCUCCCUGCUCGCCGCCCAGGCGCCCUGGUGGACUCCAGGAACUGCAUCUGGUUACCAUUCCUUCACCCACGGGUUGUUGAUCGGUCAAGUCAUUCGCAAGGUCACAGGAAAGACCCUCAAAGAUUUCAUUCGAGAUGAAAUAGCCGGACCGCUGGGUGCUGAUUUCCAGCUUGGGGUUGUCGAGUCCGACUUGCACCGCGUCUCUGACCUCAUUCCCUGGAUCGCAACCCCAAGCAACGAUUCUGCUUCCGAUCCCGACUCCAUCGCUACACGGGUGAACAGGUACCCCGAGUUCACACCCGACAUGGCCAACACCGCCUUGUGGCGAAAUGCUGAACUGGGGGCCGCAAAUGGCCAUGGCAAUGCACGGUCUAUUGCAAAGAUUCUCUCGGCGGUUUCUCUUGGGGGUUGGGUCGACGGGAAACGCCUCAAGCCGGAAACCAUCGACUUGAUUUUUCAGCAGAUGUCGAAUAGAACAGACCUGGUGACCAACAUGCCGCUGCCUGAGGGAAGGAUAUGCUUCUGGGGCGGGUUGGGGGGAUCGGUCGCCAUCAUGGAUUUGGACAGGAAGAUGACAAUUGUAUAUGCCAUGAAUAAGCUGUACCCCGUCGGACUAGGAUCUAACCUGACGAUUGAGUACGUGAAGGAGAUUUACAGGGCGGUGGGAGUGUCCGGACUUUAG